AUGCAAAAAUACUCUCCUCGGUUUCGCUCCUAUCGCAAGGCCAUGCAUCCGUACAUUGGAUCAGAGUCGGCUGCGGCUCAGUUUAAUCCUCUGCAAGAGAUGGAAACCCACCGUUUUCUGUUCCGCGUUCUUGAAGACCAGACGAAGCUUAUAGAGCACAUUCAGACAGAGGCUGGUGCAGUCAUUCUUAAAAUUGCAUACGGGUAUACCAUCGAAUCGCACAAGCGUGAUCCGUUGGUGCACAUUGCAAAUCUGGCCCUCGAUCAUUUUUCUAAGGCCAGUACACCGGGUACCUGGCUGGUUGAUAUUAUUCCAGCUCUAAAACACGUCCCGUCCUGGCUUCCCGGAGCAAGUUUCAAGCGCACUGCUCAGGAAUGGAGGAAGAACGUGACGGCUGUCGCAGAAAAGCCAUAUGCAUUCACACGUCGGCAGACAGAAAAGGGUCACUUCCAGCCGUCUUAUCUCUCUAACCUGUUUAGGACAACAGGGUGUCCUGCACCCGGUUCGGAAGAUGAGUUUGUUGCCAAACUGACCGCUGCAUCACUUUACACAGGUGGUGCUGAUACCACCGUUUGUGCUAUAGAAAUCUUUUUCCUUGCGAUGACGCUGCAUCCCGAGGUCCAAGUUAAAGCUCAAGAAGAGAUCGAUCGGGUUUUGGGGCCCUGUCAGCUCCCAACAGUCGCCGAUCGCUCUCGCUUGCCGUAUAUCGACGCUGUGGUGAAAGAGGUUCUGCGAUGGCAUCCGGUCGGACCUAUGGGUAUUCCCCACGCAUCGAGUGAAGAUGAUACCUGGGGAGAAUAUUUUAUUCCAAAGGGGUCGUUGGUUCUGCCUAACAUGUGGGCUAUGACGCAUGAUCCUACCGUUUACCAUGAUCCUAUGGUAUUCAAACCAGAGCGCUUUCUGGGGAUUGAUGGACGUGAGCCCGAGUUCGAUCCUCAUGAUCUUGUCUUUGGAUUUGGGCGUCGCAUCUGUCCGGCGCGUAUCUUGGCAGAUACUACAUUGUAUCUGAGUGCAGCGCAAUCUCUUGCUGUCUUUAAUAUAAGGAAAGCCGUCGAGGAUGGGAAGGAAGUUGAUGUUCAACCAGAAUUCCAGCCUGGGGUCAUCAGUCAUCCUGUGCCUUGGAAGUUCCAUAUCGAACCUCGCAGUGUGGCUCAUGAAUCUGUUAUUCGUUCGGUAGAGAAGAAACAUCCAUGGGAGGCAAGCAAUGCACCAGACCUGGAAGGCAUUUAA